AUGUCACCUAAGCGCGACUCUACUUCUUCUCAGAUCUACAGAACUGAGAGUUCAUCUCCCGGAGUUCUCCAAGAUGUCUCGACUCCUCAAUUACGAAAGAAUCGAUCCUUCAUCUCAGUUCUUGGAAUGUCACUCGCCAUCACCGCUGUACCCUAUGGAGUUGGUGGUCCGUUAAUGUCUUCCAUCUACGGCGGUGGACAACUCUCCAUGUUCAUUGGCGUCCUGGUUGUCGUUCUCCUCCAAGGUGCUGUUGCAGUAUCAUUAGGGGAACUCGCCUCUCGGUACCCAACUUCUUCAGGAGUCUACUACUGGUCGUACAGACUCACCGAGAACAAAAUAUAUCAACACGCCAUGGCCUACUUUACAGGAUGGGUAUGGCUUAUUGGAAACUGGACCAUCGCCCUCUCUGUCAACUUUGGAUUCGCAUCCCUCAUCGUCGCGACCGUUACAAUGUACCAACCUGACUGGGCUGCCACAGCGAACGAGACUCUGUACAUAUUUUUCGGGAUUUGCAUCCUCAUCUUUAUCCUGUGCGCAACAGCUGAUAAGGCAUUGCCUUUGGUUGAUACUGCAGCAGCAAUCUGGAGUGUUAUAACCACUGUCGCAAUCCUGAUCGCUCUCAGUUCUACUGCCAAAGAGGGACGGCAUUCUGCUUCAUAUGGACUCACGCACUACGAUACGAGUAUCUCUGGCUGGGGAGAAUUCUCCUUCUUCAUCGGACUCUUGCCUUCUGCGUACGCUCUCUCGGCUAUUGGCAUGGUCAUGUCGAUGACUGAAGAGUGUUCAAAGCCAGAGGUUGAAGUACCUCGAGCGAUCAGCAUGUGCAUUCCCAUCGGCGGCGUAUCAAUGCUUGCAUUUGUUCUCCCAAUUUGCUUCACCUUGCCCCCUCUUGAGAAUGUUCUCACUGCCCCUUAUGGUCAAGCCCUUCCAUUCAUCAUCAAUACCGUCACUGGAUCAAAGCCCCUCAGCUUGGCGCUGUUGAUCAUGGUCCUCAUGGUCACUCUGUUCUGCUCCAUCAGCAUCACAACAACAGCCUCCCGAUGCACCUGGGCUUUGUCAAGAGAUGGAAUGCUACCCUUUUCUAGAAUUUGGUCUCGAACACUCUUCAAUCAGCCAGUCUACGCUUUAGCCCUCGUCACAGUCAUCGAAAUCUGUCUUGGCUGCGUCAAUCUUGGUAGUACAAGUGCCUUCACCGCCUUUGUUUCAGUCGGAGUUAUUGCCCUCGCUUGUGCAUACCUCAUCCCAAUUGCAAUCAGUCUAGCCUUUGGGAGAACCGAAGUAGCCAAGGCAAAGUGGCACCUGGGGGCUAUCGGUACAGUGGCCAAUGCAGUCUCAGUCUGCUGGAUCCUCUUCCAACUAGUCCUCUUCAGUAUGCCGUCUGCAUUGCCGGUUACAGCCGAGACGAUGAACUAUGCGUCAGUAGUCUUUGUGGGGUUCUUGGUCCUAUGUGGAGUUUGGUACUUUGCCUGGGGAAAAAGGACCGUUGCAGGACCCAAGGCUGAAGCGGAGUUGACGAUGUACUAGGGGAUUAUAGAGGAGACGCUAUGUAAUGAUGACUCGAUCC